AUGUAUCGGAAGUUGUCUAAGUUAGAACACUCGGAAAUAAAACAACUUCUUACAGAAGCUAACAUAGAAGUAGCAACACAUUACGCAACAAACAAAAAAGCACUCGCCGACUUCAUUAAAGACUAUAAUGGUGCAAUAAGUUAUGAUAGAAUUCAUGAGUUCAUAAAGCCGCAACGCGGCGAGGACGAAGAAGUUCAUGCAAUAGCAUUUCCUUUAAAUGACAUUGCUAUUGACUUAUAUCAUAGACGUUCAGUACCUCAUGAAGUAAGAAGAGAAAUGUUUGACAUAACAAAUGCAAACGUUGGUGAAACAAGAAGAAGAGACGACACACUGAAACAACAGAGAAGAGAGAUGUUUAAAAGUGCUAUAGAACAAGUUCGUAAAGCUAACGAUGUCAUUCGUUCCAUUGACGACAAACCAAAAGAAGGUGAGAGAUGGUUAAAGAAAGAUGAAGAGAAUAGGAAGAGAAAUGUGAAGUCAGGCAAUAGACUCAUUGACUUUAACAUCGAAGCUUUAGAUGAACCAAACAGAGACUACUUACACAAACAUUUCGGUAAGUUUUCAUGA